CGUUCUCCCGACAUUUACGUUUCAGCUACGAACACGACGUUUUGGAUAUUCACCUUCGAGUGUUAUUUACGUUCGUUUUGACUACGAAUUCUUCCUUUAUUCUUUGCAUUGCAAAUAUCACGUAUAAGUUGUCGAAAAACAAUUAUUUUAUAAAAAGCAAUUGUACUGAUCGGUACCUUAGCUUUACCGUUGGUAUAUACAUCACUUCACUACCGUCAGUUUCAUUCCAAUCGAUCUAUAAUCCUUGAACUCGAUAUUCCUAAAGAAACACAUAUUUUCCAAAGAAAUUUUUCGAAAAUCUAAUUCAUAACUCUUACGGUCAGUGUUUAAAUUUAAUAUCAUACAAAAUGGCUUUGAAAAUUCGCGUCGAUUCGCCGAAGGUGAAGUACACAGAAGAUUAUAUGGAGGCACAGUACGAGUAUCAAACAACGAAUGUUAAGGAAGACGACGAUAUGAAAUAUACGGUGACACCUGUGUCAACAAAGUUGCUGAUUAGAACACAACUGAAAGUUCCAAAACUUGGAUUAAUGUUAGUAGGAUGGGGUGGAAAUAAUGGUACAACUAUUACUGCAGCAUUGUUAGCAAAUAAACUUAACUUGACAUGGGAAACAAAGAAUGGCAUUCAAAAAGCAAAUUGGUACGGAUCGUUAGUUCAAGCAUCUACUGUCAGAUUGGGAAAAAGAAACAAAGAAGAUGUCUUUGUUCCAAUGUCUUGGAUGCUUCCAAUGGUUAACCCAGAUGAUAUUGAACUUGAUGGCUGGGAUAUUUCAAGCAUGAAUUUAGCUGAUGCUAUGCAACGUGCAAAGGUCUUGGACAUUAACUUACAAAAGCAAUUAAUACCACACAUGAUGCAUAUGAAACCAAGAAAAAGUACAUAUUAUCCUGAUUUUAUUGCCUCUAAUCAGGAGAAAAGAGCAAAUAAUUUAAUUUCUGGUACAAAAUUUGAACACUUAGAACAGAUUAGAAAAGACAUUGCAGACUUUAAAGCAGCUAAGAAAUUAGAUCAAGUAAUUAUACUGUGGACUGCUAAUACUGAACGAUUUUCGGAGAUCAUUCCAGGUAUAAAUGAUACAGCAGAAAAUUUAUUAAAAGCUAUAAAAGAAAACCACCCAGAAAUUAGUCCCAGUACUGUUUUUGCUGUUGCAGCAGCUUUGGAAGGAUGUACAUAUAUCAAUGGCUCUCCUCAGAACACUUUUGUGCCAGGAGCCUUGGAAUUAGCAGAAAAACAUAAAACAUUUAUUAGUGGUGAUGACUUUAAAUCUGGCCAGACAAAACUGAAAUCUGUGCUUGUAGAUUUUCUAGUGUCUGCUGGUAUUAAACCAGUGUCAAUCGUUAGUUACAACCACCUUGGAAAUAAUGAUGGAUAUAAUUUAUCUGCCCCUCAACAAUUUCGAUCAAAAGAGAUUUCAAAAAGUAAUGUUGUAGAUGACAUGGUACAAUCAAAUAGAAUUCUCUACAAACCUGGAGAGAAGCCAGAUCAUUGUGUUGUUAUUAAAUAUGUUCCAUAUGUUGGUGAUAGUAAACGGGCAAUGGAUGAGUACACAUCAGAAAUCUUACUUGGAGGACAGAACACAAUUGUAAUACACAACACGUGUGAGGACUCUUUGUUAGCUAGUCCAAUCAUUUUAGACUUGGUUCUUUUGGCGGAACUUUGCUCACGCAUGACCUUUAAAGAAGCGGAUACGGAGGACGAAUUUGUUGGAUUUCACAGUGUACUUUCUAUACUAUCAUAUCUAUGCAAAGCACCAUUAGUACCCCCAGGAACACCAGUAGUAAAUGCAUUAUUUAGACAACGAGCUGCGAUUGAAAAUAUGUUAAGAGCAUGCCUUGCGUUGCCUCCGGAAAAUAACAUGUUGCUCGAGCACAAAGUGAAUUUUGGAAAGUAAGUGGAAGUUGAACAAAAAAAAUUACAUUUUUAAGAGUAAGGGUAUUACUGCUUGCAAACAAAAAAAGGAACAAACAGUAUUAUCAUGGAACAUUUAAAAAAAAAAUACAGUGAAAAUUUAGUAUUUCAGAAUGUUCACUACUCUUGCAAAAUGAAAUUUGUGUUUGAGAAACAUAUUUUCAAGAUGUGAAAACUAUAGAUAUCAUUAAUUUACAGCGAUUACUGUUGAUUAAUGACAAAUAUUAUGAAACUCUUUUCAUUUCAAUUUACAAAUCAUAUAGAUUCGUUUUGUAAAUUACCAAAUUUAAUAUGUGAUAAUGUUGAGUAUAUUAUUAGGUUUCAUAAUCUUUUGUAAUAUACAAUUGUGAUAUAUAUUUUAAAAAGUAACAAUCUAAAUCUAUAUUUUUACCGAUGUUGCUAUUUCUUUUAUUAAUAAAAAAUCACUAUAUUAGAAAUGAAGAUGGAGGACCAAUUUUAUAUAAGAAAUAACGUAGUUUCAGUUAAAUAAUUCAUGCAGUUCGACUGUACCGUUCCUUGUCUUUUUAAGUUUAGAAUAAUAUUCGACCUCGCUGCAUAAAAGUUUGUGAUCAUUGAAAUAUUGUGAAACAAUUCCAAUACUUCUAUUUUAAAAUACCCUUAUUGUUUAAAUACAUGUUAUGUGUUUAUAAAUAAAAUAUCUUAAAUAAAUGCUAAAGAAAA